GUGGACAUCAAAGAAGUUACCAGCGAAUCAAUGGAAUUGCUUCUGGAUUUUUGCUACACUGGUGAAAUUACAGUCACUGAAAACAAUGUGGAAGAUCUGCUUCUUGCAGCCGAUCUCUUGGGUUUCAGCCAUGCCAAGGAAUCCUGUUCCAGCUUCUUGCAAGACCAACUUGAUCCUGGUAACUGUAUUGGUAUCUUGCAAUUGGGUGAGAAACACACAUGCGCUAAGCUUUGCGGCAAGGCAGAGUCUUACAUCCUUAGGAACUUCAAAGAUGUUGCAGAAUGCAAUGAAAUUUUGAGCUUGGACGUCAAACAAUUGAAAUACCUGCUGGAGAGUGACAAUAUUAACAUUGAUAAUGAAUUUGAAGUUUUACAAGUGAUCUUCAAUUGGGUAGAAAAUGAUAGCAAGACGAGAC